AAAGUGCAUUUUGUGGGUUCCUCAAAUAAUUGCACUUUUAGCACUGUCUUUUUGAGUUCCUCUAGAGCUUUUUUUUUUAACAAUUAUACAUAAAGAUCUAACUCAACAUAUCUCCCCUUAGUUUUCCUCUUCCACCUACUCUUCAAAAGUAUAAAAAGUUCAUUCAUUGAUAUACGUAUCAGAGACGGAUUCAGAAUUUAUCUAUGGUUUCCGAAAGAAAAUUGGCAAGUGCAAUGGGUGGAAAAACAACAAGAGCAUGUGACAAUUGUAUUAAAAAAAGGGCACGUUGGUAUUGUCCGGCCGAUGAUGCAUUUUUAUGUCAAAAUUGUGACGCUUCCGUUCAUUCGGCGAACCCUUUGGCGCGUAGGCACGAAAGGGUUCGUCUUAAAACAUCAUCACUAAAACAACCAUCAUCACCAUCAUCAUCAUCAGACGAUUACUUUCCCGAUUUGGAAAGUCCGGUAUCAAUUUCAUCAGUGUCAGUGUCAGUGUCAGUCCCAUCGUGGCAUCGCGGAUUUACUAGGAAGGCACGGACUCCUAGGCAUGGGAGGAAGGCUAGUAAAUCCGCGGGGGAUGGAGAUGUCAUUCGAAAGAAUCCUAUUCAUCUCGUCCCUGAGAUAUUAAGCGAUGAAAAUUCACUUGAUGAGAAUGAAGAGGAGCAACUUUUAUAUCGAGUGCCCAUACUCGAUCCCUUCGUGGGCCACCUUUACAGCUCAUCGACAGCACCAGCAGAUGCAGAUUCAGAAUUUAAACUCGAAUCUAAGGAGAUGACAUUGCAGGAUGAUAUCUGUAACGUCGAUCUGAAUAGAUUUCACGAGAUGUUACCCUCGGAGAUGGAGCUAGCGGAAUUCGCAGCCGAUGUUGAGAGUUUACUAGGUAAAGGACUUGAUGAUGAGUCAUUUGAUAUGGAAGGAUUAGGUCUAUUAGGGGUUUGUAACAAGGAGGAAAAUUCAAUGAUUAGUCAUGAAAAAGUCAAAAUUGAAGAUGAGGGAGAAAUGGAAGUCGUUACAAAAACAACUUCUCCUACUACUCACGAUCAUCAAUAUAAUCAGACUCAUGAUAUUGAUAUUAACGAAGACACCUUUGAGUUCAAAUUUGAUUACGAUUCAUCGAUAAAUAUUAUCGGAGACGAUGAAGUAGUGAUGAAGGAUGAAAAUGAAAAGAAGAUUUUAUUAAAUCUUGACUAUGAAGGUGUAUUAAAAGCAUGGGCUGACCAAAGGUGUCCUUGGACUAAUGGUGAAAGGCCAGAAUUGGAUUCAAAUGAAUCAUGGCCAGAUUGCAUGGGAAAUUACAUGGGAAUAAUGAACGAAAAUGUAACAAUAGUGGAUAGAGGAAGAGAAGCGAGAGUAACAAGGUACAGAGAAAAAAGACGAACAAGAUUAUUUUCAAAGAAAAUAAGAUACGAAGUUAGGAAAUUGAAUGCCGAAAAGAGGCCAAGAAUGAAAGGAAGAUUUAUUAAAAGGGCCAAUUUUGUAACAACAAGCACUCCUAAUUACCCUUUGGUUAAAUAAUUAAUGUUAGUUUAAUUUAAUUUACAUUUUUUUAACACCAAGUUUUUUGUAAUACUUUUUUUACUAGCUGUAAAAAAUAGUACUACUUGUAAAUUUGGAGAGCUUUCUUGUAUAUAGUCCAUAAUAAAUUAGCCAUGCUAUAAAAGUUUUGUCAUUUUGAAUUAGGA